GGGCCUCGGGUAGCGCCUGCCCGCGCCCCGUGGCAGGCGCGGAAUCCGAGUAAGGGCGGAAUGGAGACGGUCAGCGUGGCCGACUCGCUCCUUUCCGGAGCCUGUGUGCUCUUCACGCUCGGCAUGUUCUCCACUGGCCUGUGAGAGCGCGGCCGGGCUAGAUUGGGGCAGGACCAGGAAGUCAGGAAAGGAGAGAGGGGAGCCGGAGACGUGGCCGCCUCCCCAGGCUGCGUCCUGAGGGAGAAGGCAGGGGAGUUGAGGGUGGUGGCGGGGGUUCUGGGGACUGGAAGACAGGAAUGGGGGGCUUGAUCCCUCAGCAUCCUGGUGCUCUCCUUCCACCCCUCAACCCUCCGUUCGGGGCUCCGUUACAGCUCGGACCUCAGGCACAUGAGGAUGACUCGGAGCGUGGACAGCGUCCAGUUCCUGCCCUUUCUCACCACGGAUGUCAACGUGCUGUGCUCCUACAAACUACAGCCCUGCUGGGGGUCCUUCUCCUGGGUUAUGGCUACUUUUGGCUCCUGGUGCCCAACCCCAAGGCCCGUCUUGAACAGCUGGGCCUCUUCUGCAAUGUCUUCACCAUCAGCAUGUACUUCUCACCACUGACUGACUUGGCCAAAGUCAUUCAGACUAAAUCAACCCAACGUCUCUCCUUCUCACUCACCAUUGCCACCCUCCUCACCUCUACCUCUUGGACCCUCUAUGGGUUUCGACUCAGAGAUUCCUACAUCGUGGUGCCCAACGUUCCAGGAAUCCUCACCAGCUUCAUCCGCCUUUGGCUUUUCUGGAAGUACCCCCAAGAACAAGACAGGAACUAUCGGCUUCUGCAAACCUGAGUCAGCUCACCUCACCACUGGGCACGUUAAUGCCAACCCAAUACCAAAGAUAGCACCUAGUUUCAGCUGUUCCUGCUGAUCAAGCCCACAGGUGCAGUGGGUGGUGGGGAAGAAAAAGGGACAAUUUUGAGAAUAGAGAGACCAAAGUAAGAGCUUUACUUAGAAGAUGAUUUGGGACCUGGGAGAUGAAUCACUUUCAUUUUGUAGAGAUCAUAUUUUUUAAUUUGGAGGUUGGGGCUAUAUCUUUAGAAUGUGCCUUAAAAUAAACUGUUACCCACCCCUGCCCAUCACCAUUAAAUCUCCAUUUGGUGAAUUUCAA